AUGACGUACUUUGCUGCUCUUCUGCUACACCUGCGAUUUAUACGUGAUGGGCUGCUGUGGCAGGCGGGUGCACGGCCCUUGGAUUUGCACCUUCACAGGGAUCCCAUCCAGCUGCAGGUCCAUCAGAAGAGCACACGCAUCAAGCUGUAUGGAAGGUCACUGCUUCGAUACCGAGAAGAUGACGGCUGCUUUCAUUGCCCAGUGGAAGGUUGCCAUUACCGCCAUGGACACGCAGCCAACCUUAAAUCACACCUUUGGCAUCUGCAUGAGAAACAGAGGGCACCUGUAGCAGCAAUGCCGGCUGCAAGUGACGACCGCCCGCCUGCUCGCCAAACACUUGCUCGGACCCACACAAAGCCAGCUCGGACGCGCACGAAAAAACGUGUGGUCAAGCUUGAUCAACAGCACGGCAUUGCCGCGGCGCGAAUUUUCAUGGACGAGAUUGGGUGCCUUGUAUCCCCCGUCUUUGAGUCUCCAGUGUGCACGCAGUGCGGCCAUGUCCUGAGAGGCCGGGUGACGCAUCAUCUGUUCAAAAAGCACCAUGUGCGGUGCAGCCAAGAAGACAUUGAUGCAGCCAUGGCACUCCUGCGCCCGCUGCAGCCCGAGGAGCCGCCGAUCGACCUUGGGGCAGAAUCAGAGCCGCGUACGCCUAUCGAAGGCAUCCCCAUUCUGGACGGUGUGGGUUGCCCCUUGUGUCAGGCAUGCUUCACGACAAAAGGCAGUCUGUGGAAUCACAUCGUAGCUGAGCAUCCCGACGAACCAGAGGCCAAGCAGCCGCCUCGACGAGUCAAGCUGCAAAAGCCGCUGCGUGGUGUUGGGGCCCGCUGUGUCGAGGUCAUUGUGGAGGAAAGCCACGACGCCUCGGCAGCCGAUGUGAGCGAAAACGAGGAGGAGCUCGAGGAGCAGCAGCGGUUCAAGCAGUUUAUCUCAAGCGCCCAGGCCAUGGCCUCAGAGGCCGAGGAGAAGCGCUGCCCGCACGGCGUUCACCAGAUGCAUCCGUUCUACGAUGGUGUGGGCAUGACGCUGAUCAUCAACGAGCUGAAGCCAGAGCGCAUGGUCGAACUGGGCCACAACACCCCGUCAGCACUCCUUGAGUCGGGCAUGCACGAGCUGUUCUGGUCGGCCUACGAGCAGCUAUCGGAUCAGGGCCUGGCCGCCGCUGCGGUGACGCGUCUGUUUGACGACAAUGAAGGGCAGUAUCAGCAUCGCCCCAUGCGGCAAGUACAGCCGCAAACCGUCAGCAGGUACCUGAGUCUUGGAACACGCCUGGUCCAAUUUUUGCUGCUGCUGGAGGCCAUGCCAGCCCCCGAUCCGUCGAGCUUCCUGGGCCAGGUGCUUGCCAGCCGUGGCUCUGCAGUAAUUGAUGCCACCGUGGCUCUGAGGGCGGGCCUGGACGCUGAAAUGACCAAGAAAGAGCUGGUUGAGCCCCUCACAUCCCUGUGGCUGGCCCUGGUGGAGGUGGAGCUGAGCCUCUUUGACAACGACAAGGUGCACUUUGUCAACGUCUUCUUAUUGUGCACGGCCAUGUCCAAAGGAAGCGGCAUCCUGCAAGACAUCAGGCAGUGGACCACGACGCCCGCUGGACUGCUGUACGUUUUCAAAUUGUUUCUGCUUCGCCGUGGCAAGAAUGAGUCGUGGUCAGUGGCCAACGAGCUCAGGCCGUAUAUGCAGCCCGGGCGAUUGGUGCAUUUCUUGAGCCAGCGCACGAGCAUGGCACGAACAGCGAGCAUGGCCGAGGGGCAGGCUGGAGUCAACGUCGAUAUCCGAGCCGAUGGCGACGUGACGGACGAGACGCUGCGCACCAUUGUCUGUCGAGGCAUUGAGCUCAAUGUGGAGGAGCUCGGGGCUGCAUUGGAGCAGAUGCGCAAAGACAUGACGGAAACUUUGGACAAGCACCUCUUGCUGGACUCACGCCUGCGGAAAGAUUACGAGAAAGAAUAUGAGCGGCUGCGAUUGAAGGAGGAUCGGACCAACAGGGUCAAGAACUGGUGGGUGGGCCAUGGCAGUCCAGCCGAGAACGCGCUGUUUGAUCACAUUGGCCAGACCCCGAGUCUGCGGCAAGAGUUUAUCCAAACCGAGCAUGGGCCCAGUGGCGAGCUGACCUUUCGAGAGAACAGGGUGCGGGUAUGGCUUCCAAUAUGUCUGCCGCCACGAGCCUCUGUGUAUCAAGGGCUGUCCUACAAAAACGGCGUUGGCCGGCAACGAUCUGCGUUUUUUGCCGAGAAGCAGCUCUCCAUAUUGACCCGCGUGAGCAAGACCUACUGGCUGUCCCUGAACGAACAGCACACCUUUCGAUACAUGGACCAGGAAAUCAGCACGCUGAUAUUCAUGUAUUUGCUGCUGUGCAAGCCUCUGGAGCACAUGCUGAGCAGCUGGCUGCAAAAGCGGGGCAGGCUGAACACCCCCGACGACGAGAACGGCAUUCACAAUGCCGAGCAGGACGACGAAGAUUUGCUCGACGACGAGCUGGAUGAAGACCACAUGAGCCACAACGAGACGAUGACUUUGCGACGCGAGGUCCGGGACGCUCGAAACCACUACAACAACAGCCACCUGCUCUUCAAUAUUGCGCCCCUGCAGACGAUGGUGGCAGAUGGCCUGGACGUGCUCAUCGUUACGACCGACAUGUUUGUCCGCGUGGGAUCUGAAUCGCUACACGGGAAGGUCUGCUUUCAGCGCAUCCGCACCGUGGUCGCAGCCAGUGUGGGCUCUGGCAGAUGGACCAACAUCAAACGCGUGGCAUUGACGGGAAAACUUUGCAUCGGGGACCAGGAGCAUCUGUUUCGAAAGCUGGGUCAGCAAGUGGGGGGCAAGGUGUACCGUCUGGAGACGAUGCGGCGCGAUCUGCAGCUGCGUGUGCUUCACGGAAACCAGCCAAACUUUUUGUCGCAUGUGCAAGCCAUUGUGGACACGCAGCGUAACAUGCGUCAGGCGAAUGGGGAGCGUGUGCACAUGAUGGUCUUUUGUGACACUGUGAACGAGGUGAAGCUGCUGUGUGACCAGCUGCACGCACGCGGCUACGUGGCCUUGCCCUACUACACCGACCUGGAGGAGAAGGCGCAAAAGGACCAUGUGGCACAGUGGCAACGGGGUGAAUGCGACGUCAUUGUGGCCACCAGCUGCCUCAGCACGGGUGUGGAUCUGCUCACCAUUCGCCACGUGCUGUGGUAUGGCAACGGCUACAACAUCUAUACGCUGGCCCAGGCCUUUGGUCGGGCUGGUCGCGAUAAACAGGGUGGAACUGCCGAGCUGUGGCUACCAGUGAGACGUGGGCCAGCACCAGGCAUGGAAACUUUUGUCGAAGGCAGUGCGUGCCGCAGCUGGGCGCUCGGCAAGUUGCUAGAUCCCCGCGCCGCGACAUGCUUUGCUGCCGGCCAGCCGCUUUGUGACGUGUGCGCAGGAACAGCACAGCGCCUGGAGCCAGCAAGAGCUGCACGCCAGCAGCGCGCUGCCCAAGCGUUGAGUGUGGCGCAUGUGGAAGCAGAGCCCGAGGCGAUGGCGGAGGAGGAAGAUGUGUUGUCUGAGCCACCUGCAGCACGGCUCGAGGAAGAAGAAUCGAUCGGGCCAGAGUCCGCCUUGGAUGUAGCUUCAGCAUCAAACGUCGAAACGGCAGCGUCUUCAGGACCAGCUGCCGUUGCGGCGCAGUCGAGCAGAAGCACUCCACGUGCCCAGGACACGGCUGUGGUGGCGACAAAUGCAGGGCCAAUGACGGAUGCUGCCGUGCCACGGAUACAGACAAGUGAUGCUUGGAUUGAUGAGGCAGAUACAGCAUCCAUGUCGGUGCCAGCUUCACCCAUGGUCUCUGAUGCUGAUGACGAGGCGCCUUUACAGCAAGACGCGCGUGGCCCGGCGCAAGCCACGAUGGCAGAGGACGAGAGCACGCCACAGCCAGUCAUGCAGUCAGCAGCACAGCCAACCCCCACGAAACACGCGCCAACCCCGUCGGCCUCGAUCAUUUGCGUGCCAGUACCAUCGGCCUCGGGUUCAACCUCGUCUCUGGCGCGAUCGGCUGCAAGCUCAGCCUCGGGUACACUGCGGCGUAACCGAGUGCCGCUGGUUGCUGAAAGUUCAUGUACCCCUGGGUCUGGCCAUCAUGACGAUGAUGGCAACGGCAUCGCUACCAGCCCUGCUCCCUCAACAUCCAAGCGAACGGCAUCGGACGUCACGUGCACAGCUGCUGCUUCUUCAACAGCGGUUCAAGCAGCAGAGUCGCCUCUUCCCGCAGCAAAACGAGCAGCAUCAAGUGGCACGCGCACCGCUACCGUUGCCGCUACUGCUACCACUCGCUCUGAAGCCACGGUAUCUGCUGCGGCGCCACCGAAUCGACACAACGUCGCGCCAAUAUUUCGGUCGAAAUCGGGGACAGAAAAAAAAUAUCUGAUGCACCACGCGGCGGCUGAAAAGUUUAUUAGCGUUCUGAAGUUGAUGGAUGAUUACUGCAUGCGAUGUACCAUUCGACAGGCGAAACCCGUCCUGAAGGCCGGGCAUCGAUGCGUAUGCAAUCGUGUUUGUGAGCGGUGUCACUUCGGAGGACACGAGACAAGUGAUUGUUCAGUGCACCUCGCAUACCCCGACAGAGCCUGUUGCUACGCUUGUGGAAUGCCAAGGAAGAUUCGUGGAUGGGAUACAUGGGAUCACCGUUGCAGGCAGUCCCAGGGGCUGAAUUCGGGCCUGAGCUGUAUCCUCCUUUAUUCGGACUGUCAUCAGGGGCUGCGCGACCUGGCCCAGCGGAUGGGCUACAACUUGAAGGAAAUGACAUUGAAGGAUUUCGAUACGCGCGACUUGUUUGUCAAGUGGCUGUACUCGUCCGGUCCUUGUCCAUUUCCAGGGCGUGGGCAUUGGCGUCUUGUGGAAUUUGUGUUUGAAAGUGCGAGGAUCCUGCUCCCCAAUGAGGCGAAAGCCCAAGUCGGCCCCGACAGUUUUCGCUAA